AUGGCGGACGAUGUGUCCAGUGACCCCAUUGUCAAGGCAUUGCAGAAGAGCACGAUCGCCCAGACGUUGAAGGCUGCCCGCGCCUCCUUGGCAGAGCCCUCGCGGCCCUACACGCCUCUGGACAGGUCGCUGUUCCAGCGCCCAAACGAGGGAAGCGAUCCCAGGCCCUCUUCCAGCUAUGGUGUCGACCAGUUGGCCUUCGUGAGGGACACCUUCGGGAAUUCAGGUCGGCCGGAAUCCGCGCGCUCGUCCAGGUCUUCCCGCACCCGGCCGGACACCAUCGCCGAGGAGGAGGAUGUAGCCCACUCACCGCAGAUCCUGCGGCUGGAUGGGGAGGGAGGGGAGAGCAGCGGCAGCGAAGAGUUGACGCCAGUCGUCGCUACGCCCUCGCCGCCGGCUCCAUCAAGGGGCCCCCCAAAGCCUCCGAGGCCACCAGGCAGCGCCGGCUACCCCAACAUCUCGGCGUUGCGGUCCAGCGGCGGCUAUCCAGAUCCCCUAGGGGUCACCGAUGCCUCGCCCAGACGAUCCUCGGCAACCUCUGCCUCCCCCAGGAGGCGGCUUGCGGACGGAUCUCCGCGGAGGCGGAAGGCUUCGCAGUCGCCUUCGCCAGUGGCCAGGGCCAAGUCCAGCGAUGCCUUGCCGGCCGACAUCCCGCUGAAGCACGCCCCUGGCGAGGUGGUGAUGUCCAAUCUGCAGUCCCUGGCAGCCUCCAAAGAAAAGAGGAAGCAGACGGACUUUGUGGCAGAGCUCUGCGAGCGAACGUGGACCCUUGCAGUGGACAUGAAGGCUGGCAAGAGCACAGAGACAGCCCUGGCGCCAGGACUCCUCCGCGAGGUGAUGGGCCUCAUGGACAUGAAGGACAUCAAGGAGUCGAAACUCGUCUUCAAGCUGGCCAGAUGUGCUCUGGCCUUGCUGUCGUUGGAGGUGGCGACUCAGGGCGUUUCCGUCUCUGGUGUGCAAGCCGCCUACCAGAACAUCGCCCAGGUGCUCUUCAAGUACUCUCAGAAGGAAGGCUACGACGCCGAGUUCUUGACUGAGAAGCUCAUCGAGCCCAUCCUGGAGGUCCUGGAGUCGGAGAAUCCCGCGUGCUCCGCUGCGGAUCUCCGAGUCUACAUCGCUGGGAUCCUCAAGAACGUUUCCAACGACUCCGCAAACCAGAAGUUCCUGGCCCAGCGCGGCGCCGUGGGCUCGCUGUUCAAGCUCAUGGAUGCCAGCAAGCUAGCGGGCGGCGCCAAAGAGGCUCCGCUGCUGAUCCAGGUGACUGCUGCACUGAGGAACCUUGCGAGCAACCAGUACAAGCAGUUCCUCGCCACCGAGCGCCUGAGCGCUUUGACGAGGCUGAUGGAGAUUUUUCCCAACCACGUGGAGCUCCUGACGAACAUCGCCCGGAUACUGGCGAAGCUCACGUUGCACGGCUCGGCCGUCGAGGUCUCGGCAAGCAGCGCGCCAACCGCUCACCCGCAGGGGCUCGGCCCGCAGCAACUUUGGCCCACGCCGGCUGUGCUGGUGGUGCCCAGCGACCCGGAGAAGGAUCAGAGGUGGCACUGGCUGCUGGCGGAGCACGUGCGGCAGCAGGCUACCAAGCAUGGUGCCAGUGGAACUUGGCGCUACCCAGGCAGCGACUUCCUGGAGCACCUGACGUCCGCUGCUGGCCCCACAGCUGCCGCCGCCAAGCGCCUGCGAGUCUUCGUCGAGGAGGCGGCGAUGGGGUACUUUCGCAAGGCCCUAGGGCGUGAGCCGACUUUGCUGCAGAGGCUCCAUGUCACUGUGGCAUCGAGCUGGGCAGCCGCGACCACGGCGGGGGCGGCGUGGCAGGAGCCGCACGUCCAUCCCAAGGCAGCGUUGUCCGGGGCCUUCUACCUGGAAUGCGGAGGCGGCCUCCAGGAGAGCAACGACACGGAAGAGUGCGGCAUCUAUCUCCAGGACCCCCGGCCACCAGCUGGACUGGCUGAGGUUCCCGAGGCCCUUCGGAAGAAGCUGGGAUGGGGUGAGGCACAAAAGGUUUGGGUUCGAGCUGGCAGCUUGCUCUUGUAUCCGGCUUGGCUCUACCACUCUGGCCUGCCGCUCGCGCCGCCGUCGGGCGGCUCUGGCGAACAGGGCAGGCAGCGGCUGCGCUCGCUGAUCUCCUUCACCGCGGCCGUGCAACUCCGUGAGAUUGCUCCUUCGGGUCAACAGGGCUCCCAGGAGGUGCGGCGGGGCGAGUCGGACAAUCUGGAGUUGUGA